UCCAGAAUGGCCUUUUCUUGUUUCGCGGGCCGGCUGAUGAUCUUGGUUCUCUGUGUAGUUGUGGCGCUGCCUUUUGCGGCCGCCGGAGGAGGAAGGCGGAGCGGCCCUUGGGAUCCGAUAAUCCGGUGGCCGCUGGACCGCCGUGAAACGGAGGAUAACGCCACCAGAUGGGCGGUGCUGGUGGCGGGCUCAAAUGGGUUUGGGAAUUAUCGGCAUCAGGCUGAUGUUUGCCAUGCAUACCAAAUACUUAAAAAGGGAGGGCUGAGAGAUGAGAACAUUAUAGUUUUCAUGUACGAUGACAUUGCGAUGAAUGAGCUAAAUCCAAGAAAAGGAGUUAUAAUCAACCAUCCGACAGGUGGGGAUGUCUAUGCUGGUGUUCCGAAGGACUACACUGGUGAGCAAGUGACGGCCGAGAACCUUUAUGCUGUAAUCCUAGGUGACAAAAGUGCCAUCAAAGGUGGAAGUGGAAAAGUUGUUGACAGUAAGCCCAAUGACAGGAUUUUCAUAUACUAUUCCGAUCACGGUGGACCGGGAGUGCUCGGGAUGCCAAACAUGCCUUACCUUUAUGCGAACGACUUUAUUGAAGUUCUGAAAAAGAAGCAUGCAUCUGGCACCUACAAAGAGAUGGUCAUAUACGUUGAAGCCUGUGAAAGCGGAAGUGUAUUCGAGGGUUUGAUGCCUGAUGAUCUAGACAUUUAUGUGACGACGGCAUCAAAUGCAGAAGAGAGUAGCUGGGGAACGUACUGCCCGGGGAUGGACCCUCCACCACCGCCAGAGUACAUAACAUGUCUUGGAGAUUUGUAUAGCGUAGCUUGGAUGGAAGACAGCGAGUCUCACAACCUCAAAAGAGAAACUGUAGAGCAACAAUAUCAACAGGUCAAGGAACGUACUUCCAACUUCAAUACUUACAAUGCAGGAUCUCAUGUAAUGGAAUAUGGGAACAAGAGCAUCAAAUCUGAAAAGCUCUAUUUGUACCAAGGUUUCGACCCGGCAACUGAAAACAUGCCUCCGAGCGAGAACCACUUGAAACCUCACAUGGAUGUAGUCAACCAGAGGGAUGCAGAUCUUCUCUUCCUAUGGGAAAGGUACAAGAGACUGGAUGGUGGGGCAAAAAAGAAAUCAGAACUCUUCAAGCUGAUAACUGAUACGAUGCUGCAUAGAAAACAUAUGGAUGAUAGCAUAGACAUUAUCGGUGCAUUCUUAUUCGGCCCUGAAAAUGGUCCUUCUAUACUCAAAUCUGUUAGAGACAGGGGCUUGCCCUUGGCCGACGACUGGGAUUGCUUGAAAUCUAUGGUUCGGUUAUUUGAGGCACAUUGUGGUUCAUUGACUCAAUAUGGCAUGAAACACACGAGGGCAUUCGCAAAUAUAUGCAACAGCCGCGUCUCAUCGGCCGAUAUGGAGGAUGCGUGUAUGGCGGCCUGCCGUGGGCAUGACUUUGCUGGGUGGAGUCCUUUGAAUAGAGGCUACAGUGCCUAGAAAUGUUGGUAAUGUGUAGAUAUAGAAGUAUGCAACUUGUUUGCAUUUAAAAGUCAUAUAUAAGUAGAAACAUGUGCUUCCCCCAGCCAGCUUUACUUGGUAUUGAAUUCCUCCUCCUUGAUAAUUUUGGAUAUAGACUGGUAAAAGGUA